GUUGUCCUCGGCGGACCUCUUGGCAACCUUGGGUGGCUUGCGGAGCUUCCUCUACACUCAGCGCGGUGCCCUGUAAUGGUCCCAUAUUAUGCUUCUGGUAGGCGUGAAAAGUAAUUGCCUGGUACGAGGCCUGGUCUGUCUGCAUGUCGCACAUGUCGCAUGCUGGGUCCCUGAUUGGCCGUGGGGCUCAAACGUGAAUGCUGCACCACCCGAGGCGUUGACUAUAAACAUCUUGCUGAGCCCUGCUCGUUUUGCUCCUGCAGCCUGCGCAUUCAUUUAAUAGCACGCCUGUGCCCUGUGGCCCCUUCUUCUCUAUCGACAACUGUCGCUCGUCUCUCUCUAAUCGACAAGCCCGAGAGCCCACCGUCAAGAUGGCCGUCCUCAGCGAAUACAACUAUAUCAUGGCCAUAGGCACUUUCUUUGCCUUGCUCGAUGCCUACAAUAACGGUGCCAACGAUGUCGCCAACGCCUGGGCUACCAGUGUCUCCUCGCGCUCCAUCUCCUACCGCCAGGCCAUGGUCUUCGGCACCAUCUUCGAGAUGUUGGGAGCCAUCACCGUCGGCGCCCGUACUGCUGAGACUAUCAAGAACGGUAUCAUUCCUGGAACCGCCUUCAAAGGCGACGCCGCUGUCCAGAUGCUUGCUUUCACCUGUGCACUCGCUGGAGCCUCAACCUGGGUCAUGUGGUGCACCAGGCACUCCGCUCACGUUUCUUCAACCUACUCUCUGAUCUCGUCCAUUGCUGGUGUUGGUGUUGCCACAGUUGGAGCUUCCAAAGUUCAGUGGGGAUGGAACAAGGGCAAGGGACUUGGUGCGAUUUUCGCAGGUCUCGGAAUGGCUCCCGCCAUUGCUGCUGGAUUUGGUGCCUCCAUCUUCAUGCUCAUCAAGGUCGUCGUCCAUAUGCGUCGGGAUCCAGUCAAGUGGGGUGUAUACACUGCUCCCUUUUUCUUCCUGGUUGCCGGCACCAUUUGCACGCUAUCUGUCGUCUACAAGGGAUCUCCGAAGCUGGGUCUCAAUAAGAAGCCUGCUUGGUAUGUCGCCUCCGUUACCAUGGGUACCGGUGCAGGAGUUGCUCUGCUCGCGGCUAUCUUCUUCGUUCCUUAUGUCUACGUCAAGGUCAUCAAGAAGGACCCCAAUGUCAGGUGGUACCACGCUAUCAUGGGGCCUCUCCUAUUCAAGCGCCCGGCCGCCCCCGAGGGUGAGCAGGCAAUUGUUCCCAACUACGCUGUCGUGCAAGAGGAUGACCUUCCCAUGACCAGCACCCGUUCGUCUUCCCUGAGCGACGAAGACUUGAAGAAGGGUACUGCGGACGAUACUAUUGCACCUGUUGACUCGGAGAAGGCUGCCGCUCAUGCUGAGUCUAAACAGCUCACCUACCAGGAAUUAGUUGCCGAAGGCGAGGCCAGGUUCCACGCGAAGCUCAGGCAGAAGCGCGGACCGAUUGGCUGGGCCAUGCGACUUCUUCACGACAACCCCAUGGGCGCUGGUGAAAUCUAUGAGCGCAAGAACAUUGGGACUUUCUUCAAACGCCUUCCCGCCAUGAUCACCGUCGGUCUCCUUUACGGUCUCCACUACGACAUCCAUGCCGCUCAGUCUGGUAUCCACGGUACCCCCGAAGGUGCUCGCAUGGAACGUGUCUACGCCCACGCGGAGAAGUAUCCUAACGAGGUCGAGCACGUCUACUCGUUCGUCCAGAUUCUCACUGCCUGCACUGCAUCAUUUGCUCACGGUGCGAACGACAUCGGUAACUCUGUCGGACCUUGGGCGGUGAUUUACCACGCCUGGAUGUACGGUGAGGCCUCUACUAAGAACGCCCCCGUCCCCAUCUGGCAACUUGCUGUCCUCUCUGCCACCAUUUCCGUUGGUCUCAUCACAUAUGGCUACAACAUCAUGAAGGUCAUGGGCAACAAGAUUACCUACCACUCGCCAUCACGAGGUUCCUCCAUGGAGAUGGGCGCCGCUAUCACUGUCCUCCUCUUUUCGCAAUACUCGCUCCCAGUAUCAACCUCCAUGUGCAUCACCGGUGCCACGGUCGGUGUCGGUCUCUGCAACGGCACUCUCAAGGCUGUCAAUUUCCAGCGUGUGGGCUUGCUCGUGUUCUCAUGGAUCAUGACGAUUCCCGUUGCCGGUACUAUUGGUGGCGUGCUCAUGGGCAUUGUGCUCAACGCUCCUCACUUCAAGUCAUAGAGCAAUAGUGGACCGUCAUGAGCGAGAGGAUGAUGAUGAGCGAAACGUUGAGAUACCCGAUGGUUUUUGGUGUUGGUCGUGGGCUUCGAACAUGUUACCGUUUUCUCUUGCACUUGCAGUAUAGAAUUGUUUCAGUCAGAUCUUCAUUGUCUAUCAUUUUACUUGAUGCAUCCAUGGCAAAGCAUGUCCUGGCGGGCGUACCAUCUUAGCAUAAUAAAUACAAUCGCUUUACACUACGAUGUUUACAAAUUCAAUCAAGAGGGACUAAGAAAUCACAAGCUCACUCGGCUCUAGGCGGCUGCUCGGCACAAAAUAGCAGCGGCU